AUGUCUGACUAUGUGAGCAUCAAAGACAGCCAAGCUGAGAUAAAGAGAAACUCCGAGGAGCGUUCCGGAGUGGAGGCAGGUGGCGCCGAUGCGGAAGUGACCAGAAAUGAUGGCGGUGCCGGCGAUGGUGGCAGCCCUGGCCAGCCCGGCAGAGCAAAUCAAAGUGCCGACACAGCACGUACCAAUAAAGACAUUGAUUUGGAAAGCAUGGGAGAUGCCGGACAUUUCUUAACGGGUGAUAGAAACCAGUUCCAGUACCAGUUAGGAGAGCCGGGAGAGGAAGGAGAGGUGGAGGAAGCAUUGGCACAAGAAAAGUGGUCUCAGGUACAGUGCCGUGAGGCUAACCAAGCCCAAGCCCAGUCUUUAUAUGCCGAGGAUCAGGCCCUGGAGGAAUGGGUAGCUUCCGAGACAUCCGCCCUCCCCAACCCACGCUGGAAAGUCCUGAAUGCUCUUAGAGAGCGGCAGCUGGGUUCAAGUGCCCGCUUUGUGUAUGAGGCCUGUGGGGCAAGAGUCUUUGUGCAGCGUUUCCACCUGCAGUAUCAGCUUGCAGGCCACAAUGGUUGUGUCAACACUGUGCACUUUAACCAGCGUGGCACCUGGCUGGCCACUAGCAGUGAUGACCUGAAAGUGAUAUUGUGGGACUGGGUUCAUCGGCAGCCAGUAUUGGAGUUUGAGAGUGGUCACAGAAAUAAUGUUUUUCAGGCCAAGUUCCUUCCUCACUGUGGUGAUACCAUCCUGGCCAUGUGUGGCCGCGAUGGGCAGAUCCGCAUAGCCGAGCUAUCUGCUCUCCCGCACCUCGAGAUAACUAGAUGUGUGGCCCAGCACAGGGGAGCCUCCCAUAAGUUGGGUCUGGAUCCUGACUCCCCUUUUAAGUUCCUCACUUCAGGUGAAGAUGCAAUUGUCUUUGCCAUUGAUCUCAGACAAGGCCGGCCGGCUUCAAAAGUGGUGGUAACCAGAGAGAAGGAGAAGAGAGUGGGGCUGUAUUCGAUCUAUGUGAAUCCUGCCAAUAAUUACCAUUUUGCAGUGGGGGGACGAGAUCAGUUUGUAAGAAUUUAUGACCAGAGGAAGAUUAAUAAGAGUGAUAAUAAUGGCGUACUCAAGAAAUUCUGUCCUCAUCACCUGCUCAACUGUGAUGCUAAAGCUUACAUCACCUGCCUUGUGUACAGUCACAAUGGCACAGAGCUCCUGGUCAGUUACAAUGAUGAGGAUAUUUACCUCUUCAAUUCCUCUCACGGUGAUGGAGCCCAAUAUGUGAAAAGAUACAAGGGGCACAGAAAUAAUGCCACAGUCAAAGGUGUCAAUUUCUAUGGUCCCAGAAGUGAGUUCGUCAUGAGUGGCAGUGAUUGCGGGCACAUCUUCUUCUGGGAGAAGUCAUCCUGCCAGAUUGUCCAGUACAUGGAAGGGGAUAAAGGAGGAACUAUUAACUGUCUUGAACCCCAUCCUUACCUACCUGUGAUGGCGACCAGCGGCCUAGACCACGAUGCUAAGAUCUGGGUACCCACGGCUAAAGUUAUCACUCACCUUGCUGGCUUAAAGAAUGUGGUUAAGAGGAACAAGCAGGAACGAGAUAAAGACAGACUGAACCAUGCUAAUCUGUUUAGAAGCCAGAUGCUUUGGUUCUUCAUGCGUCAGCUGACACAGAGAAGACAGAGCCCGCACUCGGGAGCUACUGGAAUCGAGAUGGUGGAAACCAACUCGGAUGAGUCUUCCAGUACCUCGGAUGUGUCAGAGGAGGAAGAGAACCAAGAAGGUGCGCAGUGACUACCAUCCUGA